AUGGCGACCCCUAUGUCGAAAGAGGUGGGAGGAAUGGGAGACAUGGAAGAUGAGACGAGAAGAACCCUGUACUGGCAACUUUACGACGGCAUCUGCGCAAUUGGAGAGCAGCACAAGGGACUGCUAGCGCAGAUGGAGAGGCUGGCAGAAGAUAGGGCGGUCUCUGGAUAUCUUCACGACUUGGAGGACAAGUUGGGCGAAGCGCUUUUCAUCCUCGAUACACGGAAUCGACCCAGGGAGGAACACCACGACCACGGGCGCCGCGUUCCCACCGAUGGACUGCAUCGAACCACGGGGGAACAUGCCACGGGCCGCCGCGCUCCACCGUUGGACGAAACCUUGCAAACGUACGAGCUGGAACUCCUCUUGAAAGAACGGAAUCUGAUCCGGCAAUGGCAGCACGAGAAAAGGUUGCUCAACCAGAGUAUGCUCGCAUACAACAGGCAAGCCACGCGAUUGUGCUGGCAAAUGAGGAGCAUAGAAGAAGCGAGGGAACAUCAGAAGGGCAUGAAUGACAAGGACAGAAGGGAGGCCGAAGCGGAACGACAGCUUCGGCUGGACGCCCUACUGAAUGAGGAGUACCAGAGGAUGUGUAUGCAGGAGGCAGCCUCCCGCGAUCAUGGACCGUCUCAGAAAAGGCAGACCGCUCCCAUUUCCGCAUGGUUCUGA